UCUGAAUGAUUUGAGAAUAAUGUUGCAGACAUUAUGCCCCUUUACUUCUAAAUAAUAUAGUGGGUUUUUUUUCUAAAUAUAAGGAUAGUCUCUUACAUAAAUGUAAUCAAAAUCCAGACAUUUAACUGGAUCUCCACCAUAAAACUGUUAUUUUCACCUUUGCAAAAUUAGUAAGUAAUCUGUAGAGAGAUAGUUUAAGACUACUGUCUUGUUUCCCAACAAAUUUUUGCUCUUCAGUUUUCCUUUUCCUUGAUAAGUCUUGCCUAUGGAUUGCACUUGGAAAAAUAUAUUGCUAGCUUUCAGAUUUCAGCCACUGUCUCUAAUUUUCAGGUAGCAUCAUGAACCUUGCAUGCAUCUAUUGUCCAGUUUUGUCCUUUGGGUUUAAAACUUAUUAAAGAGCAAGUCCUAUUUUAGUUGGCUCCUUUUUGUUGGCAAGAUGCAACCGUAGGGCCAGCCUUUGAGGGGUGUUGUGGGGUACUAUCAUGAGAAAACAUGGAGGUUGGAAAUGGAUCUGACCCUGCAGAGAACCAUCAGGAACCCUAGAGGCAGCCUCAGAGCCCAUUCUCACCACCCAGCCUGGAGGGCCCAUCCUCCUGUCAUUCUUCCUAUCCUCCCUUCUCUGAUCUCUGUUGAGAUGAAUGUUGACUGUUUUCAUUCUUUUCUGUUCACACACCUUGUCAUCUGACUCAUAGCUUCUGCUUCCUCACAGCAAGAUCCCUCAAAAAUUCAAUUCUACCUUCUCUCUGUGGCUUUUAGUUCCAAUUUCCACUGCCAAUGACCUAAUUGUCUCCCUUGUCUCUGCAUUGGGAUCACACAUAGGGUGCUGGCUGCAUGUAAGGAUUGACCUCGUCUGGUCAGAUGCUUCCCCAAGAUUCUAUUAGCUUGUUGGAGGUGGAGGUGGAGGGAUAGGUAGAGAUGGAGGUGAGGUCAUGUGUCUCCCUUGAGGGCUGCCUCGCCAGAGGGACUGUAGGUGUGGUGGACAGAGCUAUCGACCUGGACAGUGGAAGUUAUAUUAGUACAUCAGGUCAGAACACGUGAUCUACCACUCUAGGGCUCUUUUCAGAUAGGAGAGAAGCAGCCUGGAAGCUCUUAUUUGAAUGUCAAAUGUUCCAGUUUUCAGGAUAUCUUUAAGAUUGGUGUGUAUGUGCAUUUUUAACUUAACAAAUGUUUACUGAACACCUUUCUGAGAAGAAUAUUUGAAAAAUAUAUGUUCCAGAAAAUGCUGGGACAGAAAAUUACCAUAAGUCUCCCUCUCGCUUUAGGAACCCCAACAUUUAUUUCAUUUUCCCUAUUAAUUUUUAUUUUGAAAAAUUUCAAACUCACCGGAAGGUUAAAAGAAAGUAUCAUGCUAAAUUUAUCAGUUGGUAAUAUUUUCUUUAAUUUUCUUCCUUCCUCUCUCCCUCCCUUUCUCUCUCUUUCUCUCUCAGGCCAUUUGAAAGUAGGUUAUAUAAGUUGUAGACAUCAUGAAACUUCACCCCUAAAUACUUCAGCGUGCAUUUCCCAAGAAUAAGAGCACUUUACUACAUGACCAAAAAAUCAUCACCGCACCUAAGAAAAUCAGCAAUAAUUCGAUAGUAUCAUUUGUACAUAAUACCAUCUGAAAGCACAUUAUUCAGUACACAUAUUACCUCAGUUGUCUCAAAUUUUUCUUUUAGAGAUUUUUAAAAAUCCAAAAUCCACUCAAGGUACAUGCAUUACACUUGGUUAUUAUGCUCCUUUUUUUUUUUUAUGUUUAUUUAUUUAUUUUGAGAGACUGAGAGAGCGUGAGAGGGGGAAGGCAGAGAGAGAGGGAAAGAGAAUCCCAAGCAGGUUCCACACUGCCAGCGCAGACCCCAAUGUGGGGCUCAGCCUCAUGAACUGCAAGAUCAUGACCUGAGCCGAAAUCACGAAUGGAUGCUUAACCGACUGAGCCACCCAGAAGCCCAUUAAGCUUCUUACUCACUUGUAAUCAAACCUCCCCCUUUUCUCCUCCACUGCCUUUUUUUUUAAUUAAAAAAGUUUUUUUAAUGUUUAUUUAUUUUUGAGAGAGAGAGAGAGAGAGACAGACAGAUCACAAGCAGGGGGAGGGGUAGAGAGAGACAGAGACACAGAAUCUGAAGCAGGCUCCAGGCUCUGAGCUGUCAGCACAGAGCCCAGUGCGGGGCUUGAACUCACCCACUGUGAGAUCAUGAUCUGAGCUGAAGUCGGAUGCCACCCAGGCGCCACACCUCCACUGCCUUUCUUUCUGUUUCAAGACUUUGACUUCUUUGAAGGGCCCAAGCCAGUUGUCUUAUAGGAUGAUGUAUAGCCUGGAUCUGUCUGAUUGUCCCCUCAUGACUGGGUCCAGGGCAAGCAUUUUUGGCAAGCGUACUGCCAAGAUGGGGCUCUGUGUUUCCCAGCGUGCCACAUCUGGAGGCUCAGAGUUUCAGGUAUUCUCACUAUGGGAGAUGCUAAGUUUGAACAUUUGGUGAGGGCUCAAGUCACUUCAAUUUUUUGCUACGAUCAAAGAGACCAAAGCUGUUUGCCUGGGGCUUUCAAAUACUUCUUGGUAGUAGGAAUGAUUUGAAGUGUUCACAGACUGGUGUUUCUGUUUUUUAUUAUCUAUUCUCUGUGGUGUGUGACCAGCUGCCCUUCCCUCUCUCCCAGGACCCCAGGUGGGAUUUGCUCUUUUCUUUUUAAACAAAAGCAGACUCCCUUCCUGUGGAACCCUCUAGCUAGCAACUGUACCUUUCUUCAAGGGUGUCAACGUCACACAUUCACACCCCACGGCUCUGCCUCUAGAGAUUUCCUCCCCUCAGGCCAGUCCAUAAAUACUUGUUUCUGAGACCGGUACCUCUGAGAGUUACUAUCUUUCUCCAAAGUCCUCUUUCUUUAAAGCAUUUUCAGCUAUUUGAUUACUUUGAGGAGGAAAUUCUUAAUGACAUGCUAAUGUAUGUAUCACAUUCUUAACACUGAUCACGCCUUUAGCAAAGAGCGUGCAGUGUGCAGUGGCAGCUCUGGGGGCAGCGGCUAGAGUAGCAGCGGUGACAGGAGGUGGGGAGGUGAGAGUGUGGGAGUGAGGUGAUAUUCGGGGUGCCCCUGAAUGUUAGAAAUCCAGCAUCCUUGCCUGAAAAUGAAGCGGAGCUCUCCCACAUUCAUGUCAGGGUUACUCCUUAGCAUUCCCAAACUUUUCGUACGAGGAGAUCUUUUUACGGACAAAAAUACCUGUAGAUUAGCCUUUACUUGUGGUUGUGUUUCACUCCCAGCUGGUUAAGAUGUUACAUCAUGACAGAAAGCUACUUGAAAUUAAUAACACUUAAAAAAAAAAGUUUUAUUUUUUUUUGAUUAAUACAGGAAAAUCGACAUGCAUUUGGAAAACAAGCAGUGUACAUAUAUGUUUAAGUGUUAGGGGGGUCUAAUAAUACUAAGUGUGCUGCUGCACCCCUGGAUGAUUUUGAUUUUUGUGAGGACAGGGACAUGGAAAUUUCAGGACUUCCAGAAGCAGAGACCAGUCAAAAGAUUUCACUCACCCUCUCCUUCUGUCCUUCAUAAAAGCAAGCAAUCUCCCACACGUCCCCUUGCUGAAGCCAUUCUUUGGCCUGCAUGCCGCCACCUUCUUCCACUAAAGCCGUCCUGAGCCCAGAACUGAUGUGGUCACGGGGAUGGAUAUGGAAAGCGCUCACCCAGCAUACAGUCAAGCUGCUGCUGGCAGGAUCGGGACACCCUGUCCAAAAGGAGUAAAUGUUCCCACCCCUUUCAGCCCACAGGGCCACCUACUCAGUCUUCUUUGACCUUACUUGGCUCAGUGAAGCAGGACCUUUUCCCUCCUACCUUGUGGAAAUAGAAAAAGCAAACAAGCACACUUUCUAAAACAAGGAGGAACUUUUACAGCUGAUGUGCAUUCUUCUUCCUCACUGUUCGUGUUCUCUUGCUGUAGAAUACAGUCUCGAUUCAUGUUGUUUUUGUGAAGUGGAUCGGUUUUCACCACUUAUUUAUGUUCAUACUAGGUAUGAACAGAGAAAAAAUAGACAAAAAGCCAUAUUGUAUUUCUGCCUGAAAAGGAACACUGUGUAGGGUAGCCUGGCUGGCUCAGUCAGAAGAGCACGAGACUCUUGAUCUCAGGGUCGUAAGUUUGAGCCCCACAUUUGGCACAGAGAUUACUUAAAAUAAAUAAAUAAACUUUUUUUAAAAAAAGGAACACUGUAUGCACAUGGGAUUGAUGUGGGUUGAGUCACAGUUUUCCAUGAUAGCCGAUUAGAAUGCAUAGUCUCAAGACCAUUGGUUGCAUAGGGGAUGCCGUUAAGCAUCGGAGGUCCUGAUAUUUCAAGGACUUCUAAGAGAGGUUUGUGAUGACUGGACACAAACAGAAUAGUUAGAAGAUAAAGAAGAAAUGUAAAUUCAAUACUACGAGGACUUCACUCUAACAGAAGGGUAGGAUUUAUAAUCUCAAUAUCUCCAACUCAAAUGUGUUACAGACACAGUACAGUACUUACGUCCUGCUAGCACCUGAGUCAAUAGUGCCUUGUCUUUGAAAGCUUUUCACUGAUUAGAAGCUGACAAUCUCUGGCAUUAGCCAUGAUCAGGAAAACCAUGACUGGAUAAGACAUAGAGAGACCUUAUAGAAAUUAUUAACUGAAUAAAAGAAUGUAGGAUUGUAGAUUCUAUAUAGAAGAGAACCGGGCUUACCAUUUGCUGCCUCUACACUUAGAAGGAACUCUUCAAUUUUGUUACCUGGCUUAAGAAGAUACGAGCUGAGUCUGUUAAUGCCAUCUGCCUCUCAUGUCAGGAUCUCAGCUUUCAUAUAGGGGAGUUUCCCAGUGGUCACCCAGACCAGGAGACGUCAUACUUAUUCAGACCCUACUUAGGGAAUGAUUUGCAGUUUCUUAUGGCUCCAUUUCCUCUGUGGCUCCUCAGUGGUCAUAGUCCAUGAAAUGGAAACCAUGAAUCCAGGACCUUUUAAUUAUAGUGAAGGGAGGUUCCAGGUUACCUCAUUUAAAUUAUUAAUUUCAAACGGCGCCUGGGUAGCUCAGUCGGUUAAGCUUCUGACUUUGGCUCAGGUUAUCAUCUCACAGUUUACGAGUUGGAGCCCCGUUUCGGCCUCUAUGCUGACAGCUCAGAGCCUGGAGCCUACUUUGGAUUCUGUGUCUCCCUCUCUCUCUGCCCUCCCUCACUUGCGCUCUGUCUCUCUCUCUCUCUCUCUCUCUCAAAAAUAAACAUUAAAAAAUUUUUUAAAGUAUUAAUGCCACACUCGUGUGUCCUCCAUUAUAAUUAUUUUCCUUUCACUUCCCUUUCUCUACCCAAAGUGUAGUUGAGGUGAUUUGGCUUAAAAAAUGGAUGUAUUUUCUAGAAGAUGCCAGAGAGAUUGGAGUGAAGUGGGACAGUUACUUAUUUGCCACAAGCUUAGAUGCUCUCUUAUAGCUCACCCAACUAAGGUUAAUUGUGAGGAGGGGAAGCAGUCCUGUGCACACAGCAGAGGGUUCAUGCGAUUUCCAGUGAGAUUUGCCAUCCAAACUCAUCUUGUACUCUUUGCAGCUCCAUGGCUCUGAGGAAUCCUGCAUACUCUUGGAAUAGUGUUUCUCAACCUGACUGGUUGAGAGAGAAUAAAAAGCCUUUUAUUCUUUUCAGGGUCACUAUAUACCUUUUUUGUUUAGGACUGAUCCAAAGCCAUUCUCACUUACAUCAUUGUAUCUGCCAGGGUCCAACCAGGAAACAGAAACACCCAGAUUAUUUGUUAAAGAGAAAAUUUAGUGCAGGAAAUUGGCUAUGCAUGAAGAGGCUAAGAAGCUAACCAGCAAAUAGACAAUCAACCCAGAGGUUAGCAGUUUCAGGAAGCUAUGAUCUUCACUAGUAGGGGAAGGAUAAAGUAGGGAAAGGAUGGUGUUACUAGAGUCUAGGAGUCACCAAUAGAAGCUCAAGGACUUCUCAGUCCAAGGCAGGGAGAGAUGGAAAGAUUCAGUCCUCUUUCUGCUGUCUAACUUCCCAUAGUUCCUCCCAUUGACCAAACCAGCUGGAGGCCAGCUGACACCCAGAGCUUGGGAAAUAGGCUUCAGAAGUCAGUUCCCUAUGAUACAGAGCAGGGUAAGGCAUCUAUCUGAGGACAAACAGCUCUCAACCAGCAUAGUCUUCUGUUACUGGAAUUAACCUUGUUCUGGAAUUUAUUAACAUAGAAUUUUUAAUGCAAUCUUCCUGCAUACCUUUCACACACCAGUUGGCAUAAUGAUAUAUUCAUUCUUACAUCCAGAUUUUUCAUUCUUUUCCCUUCUUUGUGUAACUUGAAUUACCUUGGAGAUGACACGUAACAGCCACUCAACCAGCUCAGUGGUGUUUGAAACUCAUAAAUAAUAAUUAUGUCAUUAACUACCUUCACAGUUAAUGAAGCACUUUCACAUAUACUGGUUGAUCUCAUAAAAACUCUGAAUAGUUAUUAUUAUCCCCAUUUUAUGGAUAUCGGAGUCUUGGAGACUUUAUAUGAAUUGCUUGGAGGCUUUAUAUGAAUUGAAAAACAAAUCCUGGAGCCAGAAUUCAAACCCUGGUCUGUCUAGCUCUAAAUCUGAUAAUUUUUCCACGCUGCCUCGUGAAAGAAGGAGUUGCCCAGAGGGAACAACAGUAGUUUUUCUGGGCUGGUUGGCUGAUUUUAGGAGGAAGGAGAAAAUAUAUUUUAAAUUUGCAAAAAUUUUCUCAUUGACCCAGAAAUUAAAAUUAUGCUCAGGGCAUGACUUCGGGCCUAUCUAACAUUCCAGUCUAAAGAAUUAUAUUCUCCCUGAAGAAAUCACAAUCUUUCCCUGUACAUAUCUAGAUUUGGCAUUUCAGUAUAAAUUGAAAUGGCUGUUCUAGAAGGGUCAUUGUCACAGCAGCAUGUACCAUCCCAAGCCUGACAGAGGAGGUGAGGGAGGAAGGCAGUGGGGAAAGUCCUUGGUUUCCAUUUCCCUGUCUGUUUUCAAUAAAAUAUAGGACACCCAGUGAAAUUUGAAUGUCAGGUAAACAAUGAAUUUCUUUAGUGUAAUUAUGUCCCAAAUAUUGCAUGGGACAUAUUUGCACUAAAAGUUAUUUAUUGUUUAUCUUACAUUCAAAUGGCAUCUCGUAAUUUGCUAAGUCUGGCAGCCUUAUUUCCAGUUGGGCAGUGAUCCCAAGGUUGUUUUGUGUGUGUGUGUGUGUGUGUGCGCGUGUGUGUGUCCUGUGCAGAUCCUAAGGACAAAGCCCAUAUGGCUGUGCUUCUGCCAUCUGUGCCCUGUACAUGCCAUGAGGUAGUACUUCCUGCACAGGUGCAGAAAUGGAAGGAGGGCCGGGAAGGGGAUUCCCAGUAUCCAGCAAAUACCAAUGAAUUCUCAACUGGAGGUUCCCUUUGUGGUAAGGAGCGCUGACCUGACCUGAAGUGAAGGUUAAAGUUAAUUUACCUGGUUUCGCUUUGCUUUUCUGUUAGUCUUUCACUGGUGAGUAUUAAAAUCUGACCAUGAAGUUAAAGUUAGCCUCAGAGAUGUGUAAACUUAUUCAAAGAAAGAGGAAGAGGAAGGGGCCCAAGAUGGCCUGGGUGUGUGAGGCAGAAAGGUCUGUGGGUCCCAUGGAAUGGGCGAGGAGGUUCAUUUCAGUGCUGGUGCUGCUGGCCUAGGAGAAGCCUAGGGAGCAGGCCCUGUGGUCCCUUCUGGGGAGAUGUCAAGGCAAGGAUGGAGCAGAAGAAAUGCUGGGGCCAGGCACUUGCAUCUGUUUGUGAGGAAGCAGAGCUGAGAAAGGAAUGUCACUGGGCUCUAAGCCCUCCCAAUAGGAGGGCAGUCAGUUCAACAGCACCCUCAGGGAGAGAAAUUAUGCUGGUUACUCAUCCUGGAGCUCAGGGAAGGGGACCUCGGUGGGGGCUGCUCUCAGCCCUGCUACUAAGUUGAUCUGGAACCUUAAAUAAGCCCUUAGUGUCUCUGGGCCUUUGAAUGUUCUCCUGUAAAAAUGCAAUGGCAGAGAAUAUAAUAUAUUUCCAUUAUGGUUUUGCUUAGUUCUAAAAUUAUAUUGGUAUAUGUAUAAUUUUAAGCCUUCUCAUGGUUUCUGUUCUGUGUUCACUGGCCAGGUAAGAGGGCUGGCAACCACACCUCAUCAAUAAUCCUUAUUAUACCUGAAGAUUACUUUUCAUUUGCCCCUUAGUUUUUUUCUCUUAUUCAGGCAAACUAUCAAAGUCCUUUUUUUGCAAAAGGUUGUAUUCAAAUGAGUCAAAACCAAUGAGACCUACCCUCCGAAAAGCCUCAUGUCAACACAGCAAUUAGUAACUCUACAGGACCAGAAGCUACAAUUAGUAUUUCAAUCCCGGUUCACCAUUCUUUUGUUCAUUCAUUCAUUCAUUCAUGCAGCAAAUAUUUACUGAGUUCAGGCAAUGCAUCAGGCAGAUUUGAGCUUUGGGAGGAAAACUUCAACAGAACUACAAAAUGUGGCAAACUCUGGGUGACCUGAGAUCCGGUUCCUCAAGUCCUUUGCCUCUCUCUUCUGUUGGUGGGCUCUUAGAAGUUUCAGUAUUCAGCCACCUGUCCAUCAAGUGGUAGAGGCAAAACAAAAAUAAGUUCUUGUCAACAGUUGUAGUGAAAGGUUGAAAGUGUUGGCUAACUUGAGGUAUUUGAAUGAUCUGUGGGUUUCCACCUCCUGAUAGCUGUGGGCCUCUAAGAACAGACAUAGCUGGGAACUGGCUCCUUCUACCAAGAGUGCAAAGCAGCCCUCUGGGAUGUCCUUCUCUUACUCACUUCUUCCUUGCCCUCUGUCCACAGUGCUGCACUUGAGAUGGAGUUACUGCCCCUCUGGCUGUGCCUGGGUUUUCACUUCUUGACAGUGGAAUGGAGGAAUCAAAGUGGAAUGGCCACAGCAGCUUCCCAAGGGGGCUGCGAGUUGGUUGAUGGAGUAGCCAAUUGCCGAGGGCAGAACCUUGCAUCAGUGCCCAGCGAUCUCCCUCCCUACUCCCAGAUGCUCAUCCUGGAUGCCAACCCGCUUAAGAUCCUGUGGAACCAUUCCCUCCAGCACUACCCUCUCCUGGAGAGCCUCAGUCUGCACAGGUGCCACCUGGAGCGCAUCGGCCGCGGCGCCUUCCAAGGGCAGGCCCGUCUGCGCAGCCUGGAGCUGCCCGACAACUCCCUCUCAGAGAACUACAAGGAGACAGCGGCUGCCUUCCACCACCUGCAGGCCCUGCAGAGGCUGGACUUGUCAGGGAACUCCCUGACAGAAGACAUGGUGGCCCUCAUGCUCCAGAACCUCUCUUCGCUGGAGGCUGUGUCCCUGGCGAGGAACACCAUCAUGAGGCUCGACGACUCUGUCUUUGAGGGCCUGGGGCACCUCAGGGAGCUGGAUUUGCAGAGAAACUACAUCUUUGAGAUUGAGGGUGGCGCUUUCGAUGGCUUGACUGAGCUGAGACACCUCAACCUGGCCUAUAACAACCUCCCUUGCAUCGUGGACUUCAGCCUCACACAGCUACGGUUCCUCAACGUCAGCUACAACGUCCUGGAAUGGUUCCUGGCGUCAGGGGGAGAGGCUGCCUUUGAGCUGGAGACGCUGGACCUCUCCCACAAUCAGCUGCUCUUUUUCCCACUCUUGCCCCAGUGCAGCAAGUUGCACACGCUCCUGCUGCGGGACAACAACAUGGGCUUCUACGGGGACCUGUACAACACCUCUUCGCCGCGGGAGAUGGUGGCCCAGUUCCUCCUUGUGGAUGGCAAUGUGACCAACAUCACCACUGUCAACCUCUGGGAAGAGUUUGCGUCCAGCGACCUUGCGGACCUACACUUCCUGGAUAUGAGCCAGAACCAGUUCCAAUACCUGCCUGAUGGAUUCCUAAAGAAAAUGCCUUCCCUCUCCCACCUGAACCUCAACCAGAAUUGCCUGAUGACGCUCCACAUCCGAGAGCACGAGCCCCCAGGGGCGCUCACUGAGCUGGACCUGAGCCAGAACCAGCUGUCAGAGCUGCACUUGGCCCCGGGGCUCCCCGGCUGCCUGAGGAGCCUCCGGUCAUUCAACUUGAGCUCCAAUCAGCUCAUGGGUAUCCCCACUGGCCUUUUUGCUGAUGCCAGUAACCUCACUACAAUUGACAUGAGCCACAAUCAGAUCUCACUUUGUCCCCAGCCGGCUGGCUUGGACCUCCCGGCCCCCCCAAGCUGUGUGGAUUUUAGGAACGUGGCAUCUUUGAGGAGCCUCUCUCUCAAGGGCUGCGGGCUGGGGGCAUUACAAGACUGCUCGUUCCAGGGGACUGCCCUCACCCACUUAGACCUGUCUGGCAACUGGGGGGUUCUGAAUGGGACCGUCGCCCCUCUCCGGGGUAUCGCCCCCACGUUACAGGUCCUGUCUCUGAGGAAUGUGGGCCUCAGUUCUAGCUUCAGGGAGUUGGACUUCUCUGGGUUUGGGAAUCUGAGAGACUUGGAUCUGUCAGGGAAUUCUUUGACCAGUUUCCCACGGUUCAGGGGCAGCCUGGCCCUGCAGACCCUGGAUCUCCGCCGAAACUCGCUCACAGCCCUUCCCCAGGGGGCCGUGUCUGAGCAGCUCACGAGAAGUCUGCGGACCAUCUACCUCAGUCAGAAUCCGUAUGACUGCUGUGGGGUGGAGGGCUGGGGGUCCCUGCAGCGCCUGCACGCCAUUGCCGAUUCGGCCAUGGUCACUUGCAACCUCUCCUCCAAGGUCAUUCGCCUGAUUGAGCUGCCCGGAGGCGUGCCUCAGGACUGCAAAUGGGAGCGGGUGGACAUGGGCCUGCUGUACCUUGUGCUCAUUCUUCCCAGCUGCCUCACCCUGCUGGUGGCCUGCACCGUCAUCUUCCUCACUUUCAAGAAGCCCCUGCUUCAGGUCAUCAAGAGCCGCUGCCACUGGUCUUCCAUAUACUGACCUGGCCACGUGCCAAGGUUAGAAAUGGGGUCUGUGCGUGGAAGAACCCUUUCUCUGCCAGAUUUCCGGAUCUGACGCAGAGAACAAAUCCAGUGAAUUGAAGUUUAGGUGAAAGUUUAAAAUGUUUCCAGCCCUUAGUUGCCCCACGUUCUUCUUCCAUCGUUGUGAAUCAUCCUCAUCAUCCUGGUAAAAUAUUUAUUAAGUGAUGUUCUGUGAAAAUAAAACACGUGUCUCAUAAAUAUUUUUUAAAUCAAACUCGCCUUGUGUUUUUUCUUUCUUUAAUGUUUUUUGGUAGUUUCACUUAGAUUACUUUGCACUGUCCUUCCCUUGGUGACAUCCAUGGAGCUGGCUAGAAAGGGUGCCAGUUCAGGCAAAAACAACCCCAAGAGCAUGUCCUGUGGGUGGUGAGAGACAGUGCCCUGGGGGUUCACCAGUUCACCAAGAACAAGAAUUUCAGAGCAGAGCCGGGAGUCUGAGGUGAGAAUUCUCACCUCUUGUCUUGGCUUGCAUUGUCGCUGCAGCCAGAGCGGUCCUGUCUGAGUGCCCUGGGUUCACACCUGUGGUCUCUGCAGGCAGGCAUGACCCUUUCUUGGAAAAAAGAGAACACCUGGGCCCUGAGUUCAUUCGUGUAGUGAACUGAACACCAGGCGCAGCUCUUGUUUGAGCGAAAGUGAAGAGAAAUGUAGAAAGGAGCGACUUCUGCUAACUUGUAGGCAGCCCCCACUCUUCACAAAAACCACAGACAACUACUCAGCCGACUUUGAGUAUAUGUGCACUCACUACAUUCCUAGUUUCCUUCGCCUCCUUCCCUCAGUGAACAGGGAACGAUUUCUGUGCUCCUCUGUGGGGAAAAGACAAUGAAGACA